CCUUGAGGUAAAACUUGAGAGGGAUGUUUUAAGUUGAGAGCUACGUUGAAGUGGGAUUUCAGAAGCUCUUGUACUUGCUCAGUUCACUCCCGAUUAUCAUCACUUAAAAGACAGCAUUUCCACAGGAUAUGUUGGAUAUCGUUGUAGCCACACCGUCUUGAUUGAAGGAAUGUCUAUGCAGUUUAAUAAGUGAGAAUAUGCAAGAUAAUCAGAGUGUUCGUAUUGCAUAUUAUCGCCUACAUCCAGGGCGUAACAGGUUUUGUUGCCGUGGUCAUGGAGUAUAUUCUCGAGACAUGUGUAUAUUUACUGUCAGUUUACUUUUGAUUAUUGGCGUUACAAUACUGUUUUUUGCAUUCGAAUGUCGCCUUCUAACUCCACUACUAACUCCGGCUGUGCCUAUUUUGGCAGCAAUUCAAUUCGUCUAUGUGGUCAUUACAUUUCUUCGUGCAGCAUUCACAGACCCAGGAAUUAUACCACGGGCUACACGUCCUGAGAUGGAGUGGACUGAAAUGUCAGUUGCUUCUGGAGAUAUAGCCAUAAAUGAUGUAAAUAAUCAAAAUGAUCGUGAUGCGAAUACAGUUCGUACUUAUCCACCCGGUGCAAGAACACGUCAAAUACUUAUUGGGGAUCAUCUAGUCAAAAUUAAUUAUUGUCAUAGUUGCCGAUUUUUUCGUCCUCCUCGAGCAUCACAUUGCUCUUCGUGUGAUAAUUGUGUUGAACGUUUCGAUCAUCAUUGUCCAUGGAUUGGAAAUUGUGUUGGCCAAAGGAAUUAUCGUUUUUUUGUACUAUUCAUAUAUUCAUUGAGUAUUUAUUGCCUUUAUAUUUUGGUAUUUUCUGUAGUCAAUUUGGUUUUAUUAUACAAAAAAUAUGAAGAUAUUGUAGUGGCUAUCAAGAUUUCACCUGCUUCAAUAAUUGAGAUAUUGAUAUCUUUCUCGGCAAUGUGGACUGUAUUCGGUCUAUCUGGUUAUCAUACAUCCCUGCUGUGUCGAGGAUUUUCAACUCAUGAAGAUAUUCGACACUUUCCAAGAAUACUGAAACAGGCUGGUCACAAAAAUCCUUAUUCACGUAAAAAUAUGCUGUACAAUUUCGUGUAUACACUGUGUGGACCUCAAUUGCCCAGCCUUCUACGUGGUUGGCGAAAAGUUAGUGAAGAGUCAUGGCCUGUUGGUGCUAAGGAUCCGGACUCAUCCAAUGGAUGUUUUAGAGAUUCAACAGACAAUCAGUCAAAUGUCUCUUCAGUUAUCAGUAAACACAAUCCACCUGUUCCGUUACCGAUUGAUGUGUUAAAUAAUCGAAACAUUCUACGCAACAAUAAUCGUUCCUAUGACCCAUCACCAAUCCCUCCUUAUCCACCGCCGGAUUCACCAGAGAUUCCUAUUAUUCAAAAAGAUGAAAAGUCAUCAAAUAUUUAGAUUAUUCAACUCAACUUUGACAUACAUACAGAGAUAGAAAUGUGAACGGAGUAUGGAGGAGGCCUUUAUUUCGGUUGAGAAAUAAAAACAACAACCUUCCCCUGUGUUUAAUCCUGAUGAUAUUUCAGCAUAUAUAUAUAUAUAUAUAUAUAUAUAUAUAUACUUAUAUAUGUGUGUAAUCAACGAUUGGUCAAUCUUAUUGCCUUCUUGAGUACAUAUAUAUAUUUAUAUAAGCUUGUUUUAAAACAAUAUAUAUAUAUAUAUAUAUUCCUUUUGAUUACCUCAUAUUAUUAUAUAUGUAUACAGAUGCUUAACCCUAUUUAGCUCAGAUUUUGAUUUGUUAUUCAAUGCCUUGCAAUAUAUAUACAUGUAUUUAGUAAUAACUAAUUAAUUAAUUAAGUAAUCUAAUUAAUUAAUUAAUUAAUUAAUUAACUAUCCACAGGUACACACACAGAGUCUGUUGUUUGUUGAUUAUUGUUUUUGAUCCAACACCCUACUCACUCACUCCAUCCGUCCCUUCUCCCACCUCCGCUAUUUCAUAACACUGCUGACACUUCCUCUUUGUCGUCUACACACUUCUACUACUACUCCUACUACUACUAUUAUUGUCCUCCUCUCAUGUAUGAUUAUUACACAGUGUGUUUUCUCCCCUCCCUCUACCCCCUCCUUUUUUCCCCUAGUUGCCCAAAUCUGUAUUCUCUAUGUAUCAUCUACGGGCUGGUGGGUGUGUAUGUAUGUAAAUGUAUAAAAUAUUUCCAGUCUGUGUUGUUUCUUCUUCUUCAGACAAGACAGAUUCUUAUUUCUCCGUUGCUGCGGUUGUUGUUGUUGUUGUCGCUCUUGUCGCCAUUGUCUUAUUCCUCUCUCUCUCUCUCUCCCUCUCUAUUUUUGUAGACUAAAUCUUUUUUGUGUUUUUUGAAAUGUAACAAUGUAUUGAUGUAUGUGUAUGUAUGUAUGCAUGUAUGGCUACAUAUUUGUGUGUGUGUGUAUGUGUGAGUUUGUAUGUGAAUCAGUUGUGUCUUUGUUUGUUUUUUUGUAACAUUUAUACGAUAUGUUCACUCUGUCGAAUUAGUU